AUGGGAGAGAGCUCUGCAACAGCAGUCGCCAAGGAUAUGCUCCGGAGCUUUCCCAACAUUAAGAUUGGCCUGAUGGUCGGAGUCGGAGGUGGCGCACCAGGCCCACCGAGCGAGAAACCCGAAGAUGAUAUCAGACUGGGCGAUAUCGUCGUGAGCAGACCGGGUCCUGGUCAUGGUGGUGUCAUACAAUAUGAUUAUGGCAAGACACUUUCGGAAGGGGAGUUCGUGGAUAUUGGGUAUUUGAACCGACCACCCAACGUGCUUCUGACGGCCCUUACAAAGCUCUUGUCGCGGAUUGAGCUCGAAGGCUCAUCAGUGUCGCGACAGGUAGCUGAGAUUGGGAGGAAAUAUCCUCAGAAAAGUCAGGACUGGAAGUAUCAAGGAGUUGAGAAUGAUCAAUUAUAUGGGGAAAGCUUCCGACAUGCUGACAUCCACCGUUCCUGCCAGGAUAUCCACUGUGCUGAAUCUGAAGAUCGACUGGUGUCUCGAAAACCCAGGGACUCGACAGACCCAGUCAUCCAUUGCGGGCUAAUUGCGUCAGGGAAUCAGGUCAUGCGAGACAGUGUCACCCGGGAGAAGCUCCGAAAGAAGCAUGGUGUGUUAUGUUUCGAGAUGGAGGCUGCUGGCCUGAACAACAAUUUCCCGUGCCUCGUGGUAAGGGGUAUUUGUGAUUAUUCAGACUCCCACAAAAGUAAACGCUGGCAGCCAUAUGCUGCGGCUGUGAGCGCUGCAUUCAGCAAACAGCUUCUACAGGUCAUUCCUGUGGCGCAACUUGAAAGGACCCCGAAGGUGUCAUUCAUCAUUGGAAAAUUGGAGAAAGAGGUUCAAAAAUUGAGUGACAAUAUGAAACCGCUCUUACAGACACAGCAGAGCCAAGAACGUCAGAAGGUCCUGGAUUGGCUUGCCCCAGGCUACUACCAGUCGCAGCACGCCGAUAUCCAACGGCAUCUGGACCACGACUCUGGGAAGACCUUCACUGAGCAUGAAGUGUUCAAGGCCUGGUCACGGGGAAGCAACGAUGUCAAAAUACUCUUCUGUCCAGGAUUGCCUGGUGCUGGGAAGACGAGCAUGGCCUCGAUUGCCAUACACAGGCUUCUUAAAAUGCGAGAAGAACAACGUUCAGCCGUUGCUUUUCUAUAUUUCAACUACAAUCUCCGACCCGAACAGACUCUCAUGCACAUGCAUCGAACCAUUCUGAGACAGCUGGUAGAGACUUUUCCGUCAAUACCAGAUGAAAUCGCCCAGCAUCAUAGGGCUAACCGUGACCCGUCUUUACUUGAAAUCUUUGAUAUGUUAUCCAGCGUCAUUGAGAACCAUAAUCCCGUGUUCAUCGUCAUUGAUGCUUUAGAUGAAUGCUCGCCGGAGAGUCUAAGCGAGGUUCUCGAUGCCGUCCAACGCCUGCAGAACCUAGGAGCUCGCUUUAUGUUGACUUCACGUUUCAAUACUUCGAUUGAAGGACGAUUUAGGCAUGUGGAUAAAUGUUUCUCUUUGGAAAUCCUUGCAGCCGACAAGGAUAUGGAGGCAUAUAUUGCCCGAAACUUCGAUUUCACGAUCUUUUAUCAGAUACCCGAUGAAUUGUCGGAAAUUGAACGGUUCAAACAGGUGGUCAUCAGGGCCGCGAAAGGGAUGUUUCUUCUCGUCCGACUUUUUCUCAACCUUCUUAAGGACAAGUGCACUCGAGGGGAGAUAGAAGACGAACUAGAGAAUAUAGAGAAUCGCCGAACCAGGGACCCUCUUCAUGAAGCGUACAAAAAGACUUUGCACAUGAUAGAGAACGGAGGUCGCUCCGAAUGGGCCUAUCGUGUUAUGUCUUGGGUAUUUCAUGCACGGCGACCCUUGGAGGCUAAAGAACUCCAAGAGGCUCUAGCGGCGCAGACUCAACGGGACAUGAACCGCCUCGACAUGAACUACGCUCCUCCAGACAUUCAGGCUGUCAUCUCGUACUGUUCAGGACUUAUAGUUCUAAGUCCCAUCUCCGGGAAGAUCGAAUUUGUUCACUUCACAGCUUAUCAGUACUUUGAGAACUACCGGCAUGAGAACCCUUGGAUCACCAAGUCUCGUCGGGAGAUAGCGUUGGCUUGCCUUAAGUACCUGUGUUUUGACCCUUUUACAGCCAAACCAGGGCAUGCUUCGUUUCUGGAUUAUGCGAUUCAUUUCUGGGCAGAACAUAUCAAACAUGUCCAAACGGAUGGAGAGGUGCGACAAGCUGCCAAACGAUUUCUCCAAAACAUAUUCUUAACAAGUUCCGUCGAUCGAAUGCUCCCCGCCAAUGAUCACACUUAUGUAUCUCUCUCUCUACUCAUCGAUGAUUUCGAGAUGUUUAGAGCAACGGGCCUUCACAUGGUGGCUAGAUUUGGCCUCGUGACACAACUGGAGGACUUACUGGAGGGAACACCAGCUCCAGAGAUCAAUAGUCGGGAUCCCUACGGCCAGACCCCUUUGAUACUGGCUGUAAGAUAUGGGCAUCAGGAUGUGGUCGACAUCCUUCUGAGCUGCAGCAACGCGGAUCCGAAUCUGACUGAUGACGAUGGCUUGUCGCCUCUCUCGAUUGCAUCGCAACUAGGAUAUUCGGGUAUAGUUCAGUCCCUCCUAUCAACCGGGAGGGUCGACCCUAAUCAUACAGCCUUGGAUGGGUUGUCACCAAUUAUGUAUGCCGCUAGGGGCGGUCACAAUCUGGUCAUCGAACUUCUGUUAGCAGACGAAAAAACCAACCCAGGCCCAGAAGAGCUUACAUCGGCGGUCAGUAUGAGAUCAGCGGAUGUAGUGAGGCUGCUUUUGGAAAGUGGGAGGGUUGGUAUUGACUCAUUCAAGGGAGGCAGCGGCGGCACGUUCAUGAUGGCUGUGCAGAGUGGAAGCAAAGAGGUGAUAAACCUAUUGCUGCAACACGGACAUGCCAAUGCACCGAGACCGUUAGGAAUGCCGGCUCACGUGGCUGUCGCUAAUUACAUGGGCCUGCCAGCGUCCGACGACAGUCUAGAGAAUGAGAAGAUAUUCUGGCUGGCGAUAGAAAAAGGACUCGUUGACGUGGUUGUACUGUUGCUGCGCAACAGGAUGGUUGACCCUGACCUGGCCGAUUCUGGCGGCAAAACCGUGCUCAUGGUGGCUGCUGAGAACAGACACAAGGAAGUCGUGGAGGCCUUGCUGCGGGUUGGCUCAGCAUUCGCCGAUGCGAUGGCAGAGAACGGGGAUACGGCCCUUUUUGUGGCAGUCGCUAGAAGAGACGUCGAGAUAACCCGGAUCUUGUUGGAUAUCGGAAUUGCUGACCCAAAUCUAGGCUGCCACCCAUUCAAGUACCCACUUCCCUAUGCAGUCAAAAACAACUACUUCGACAUCAUCCAAGUUCUUAUCGAAAUCGACCGGACUGACCCCAACCCGGGGUUCCAAGAAGCGAUGGCCACCUGGCAAACUCCUCUGGUGCGCAUAUUUCUCUCUCUGCCAGGCGUGGACCCUAACAUCGAGGACCGGAAAACCCAUGAAACACCUCUGAUGACUGCAAUUUGCAGGCCAGAUUUGGAGAUGGUUCAAGUCCUGCUACAAAGCAAGACAGUAGAUAUCAACGCGCAAAACUCGAGGGGCGAAACAGCCCUGAGGACUGCAAUUAGGUGGCGAUAUUUGGAGAUGGUUCAAGUCCUCCUCGAAACCGGCAAGAUUGAUCCGAAUCCGGAGUUCCAAGCAGCGGUGGCUACCUGGCAAAUUCCUCUAAUGCGCAUAUUUUUCUCUCUGCCAGGCGUGGAUCCUAACAUUGAGGACCGGACAACCGGUGAAACACCUCUCAUGACUGCAAUUAGCAGGCAAGAUUUGGAGAUGGUUCAAGUCCUGCUACAAAGCAAGGCAGUGGAUGUCAACGCGCAAAACUCGAGGGGCGAGACCGCCCUGAUGCAUGCAACAAGCAUGAAUGACCUUGAAGUUGUAAGACUUCUUGUCGAGGACCGUGGCGCAGAUACUGCUAUACGAAGCAAGUGUGGCCGUACUGCGUCUGAUCUCGUUGAGUGGGAUAUCUGGACUAUGGAGGAAAUCCACAGGCUGCUUUCUCCGAAACGAUGCCGAAGUGUCAGGUCUGAGGGAAUAGCCAUGGUAUAG